UAAAGUUCCACCUCCCAACUUGCUCGCCACGUCGCUGUCACGUGACGAGCAUGCGCACCAAGUAGGUGCACCAAAGAUGUUGAGAGGGGCGAUCGUUCGAGGGCUGUCGUCUGCCGGUACGUUAUCCGGGAGAUUUUGUCAGCGAUAUGUCGGUGCUACUGGAUGUUCCGCUCAUAUUUGUGCUUCGAAACCAACCUCGUGCAGCAGUGGGAGCAAGCGUACUCUAGCUACUGAUACAAAGAAAGUGAGGUCACUUCGGGCCAUGAUUGAAGAGAAAACGGGAGUAACAGGUCCGUGGGUUUUGGGAUUAGGAUUAGGAGCUUGGCUUAUUUCUAAAGAAAUAUACAUUGUUGGUCCUGAGACGGUUGAAGCUACAGUCAUUCUGGGUACGAUGUAUAUAUUGUAUCGGAAGGUUGGAGGUCAGAUUGGAGAGUUCUUAGAUUCUCAAGCUCAAGAGAAACUGGAUGCAAUGAACUCGAAACGUGAAGCGUAUGUUAGUGUGUUGAAAGAUGCGAUUCAAGAUGAGAAAAGCACAGAAGAGGAAGUUGGAGUACUAAGAGAUAUUUUUGAAGUGCACAGAGAGAACAAUGCGUUGGCCUUGGAAACUGAGCACAGGAAGCGGUUGGCUGAAGUUCAUUCUGAAGUGACCAAACGUUUGAACUUUAAAGUAGAAGAAGAAUCUCUUGAAAGACGACUUCAGCAAGAGCAUAUUGUGGAUUGGCUUGUCAAUUCGGUGCAAGCAAGCAUCACUCCAGCACAGGAGGGCCAAAUGGUGAAACAGUGCAUUGCUGAUUUGAAGAAGAUGGCCAUACCUGUGUAGUAGGUCACACUUUAUAGUAACAGUACUAUACCUGUAUUGUCAUGCCUGGUCAGUGUGGUUUCUUCAUGAUACUGAGCAAGUUAAUGUUUGUCAACAACAUCAAUAUGAAUAUUUAUAGUGUGU